AAGGGGAGGAGGGACACGCCCCCUUCCCCAUCGAGGCUCUGAUUGGUCGCCGGGGUUCUUCGCGUUCGAUUUUGGAACGUUUACCCUGGAGCUGAAGCCGAGGCUGGGGCUGGGGGCUGGCCUUAUCCUCCGGCUCGGAGCCGUGUUUUUCAAUGGAAUCGUGCGAGUGAGCGGGGUCGCGGCGUUCCGACAGCCGAGCUUCCUGUCUGCCCCUUUCUGACCGCGUUCCCGCUGGCGGAGGAUUUGAAAAUUUCCUCAGUCUUCAACAGUCCCUAAAGCUUAUCUGUAACUCCAACAACUAACACAGCACCCUGUACAUAGCAGAGCCAACGAUGGGCACUCCGGCCUCUGUGGUGAGCGAGCCACCCCCUGGGCAGGCGCCCGCAGGAGUCCGAGGACGAAAGCAAGCCUCAGCCAACAUCUUCCAGGAUGCAGAACUACUGCAAAUCCAGGGCCUGUUUCAGCGCAGCGGGGACAGGCAGGCCGAGGAACGGGCCCAGAUCAUCUGGGAGUGUGCCGGGGACCCCAAGGUGGCUGAAGCCUUGAGGCAGCUGCGCAGGAAGAGAAGGCGGCCACUGGGCCACUCGCCACAGCACUGCAGCCGACAGAGAGUACCAGAGGACGCUCCACCCGCUGACCCCUCAAGUGCUACCAUGGAGUUGACCACCAAUGGGCAGCACCUAAACCCAAGAACAAGCGCCAGGAACCGGCGGAGCUGGAGAAAGACAAGCCCCACGAGCUAUCUCCAUCAGAUCAGACAUUGACCUGUUGGGGGGGGCUGGGGUGACCCUCCCCAGGAAUCCGGAUGAUUCCCCUGAAUGGGUUCCUUUGAAGAGAGGGGAGGCAGGGAAAGAAGGGAGACCUGAGGCAGCCAGCCCCAUCAGGGCAGACAAAGGUUCCAGCUGAGGGGACAGUUACUGCCUACCUACUCAGUUAGGAAUGGGGGGGGGGGAGGGGCUGCUACUGAUCUUUUCAUUGUCUGGGAACUUGCUCUUCCCCAGAAUGAGUGAGAGCAUGAAUCGCCCUUGGCAUUAAACAAACCCCAUCCUUCCAAACUAACACUAGAGACUAAACUACCCUCCUCAAGGUAGCUGAUGGACCCAGGCUCAGGCCCAGGUUAUUCCUAAGUCUUUAACCAGUAGUCUAACAGGCCCAUCCCAAGGAUAUCGAUAAUAAUUCAUAGCACUUUAAGGUUUACAAAGCACUUUACUCACAACAACCCUUUGAGGUAGGUAGUGCAAGCAUUAUUAUUCCCACUUUAUAGAUGAGGAAACAAAGUCAGCAAAGUUAAAAGACUUGCUCAUGUUCAUACAGCUAGUAAUUGUCAGUACUGGAAUUGAAACCCAGAUCUCAGUUCUGGCUUCGGCACUCUUUCCACUACACCAUGCUGCCUCUUUCUUUGCCUACCUGCCAAAAAGACAGAGGCAGAGAGUAAACUCUGGCUAGAGUUCCCUUGGAUGGAUAAGAAUAUUUAAUAAUAAAAAUUUCUCAAUGAAGAA